CCGAUGAAAUGAAAAAAAAAUACAAACAAGAAUCAAAUUCUACAUUCCAGGUCGCUGAUGGGUGUAAAUAGUGAAAUAGAAAAAAACCAAACGACCCGAAUGUUUGAUGCCGAACGAAUAAUUAUGCCGAACAUCGAAUGGCGUGUUAAUGUGUUUUUUAUUGCUAUCCAUAUCCAAUAUUGAUGAUCUUCCUUGGCCUAGAUUCUGAAUUAUUCUCUUCUCACUUUCAUUCUAAUAACAAUAUGGAAUAAUAUCUACAUUCAUUGCUAUUUAUUUACAAAAACAAAACAGAAUAUUUUCUAAUUUAUAAUGGCUGUAUUUGGAUUUCAAUUAUUGCUCACAAUAAUCAUAUUAAGUAUAUUGAAUAAACUUUCACCUAAAUAUUCAUUUGCAAGAUGGAUUCUAACGAAAGGAGGCCUAAUUCGUUAUCUACAUCCAACAAAUGAACAAUUGAAAGAAGCCAUACAACAACAAUCAAAAAAUGAUGAACAACAACAAUUAAUGGGCAACAAAAAUUCCAAUUCCAUCAAUCAUCAAACAAAUCAAAAUCAUCAUCGUAGAAGUUAUCGUAAAAAUCGACGUAAUAAUAAUCAUCAUUUUGAUGAACAACAUUCAUCAAAACCGGAAACAUUUUAUGUUCCAAAAAAUCUACAAUUAGCACUUGAUUCAGAACCAUUAACAUUAUUCAAUUUGGUUCAAUUGCCUUAUUAUAAUGAGCUUCAAUGGUUGAUUGAUUUUUCAAUUAGUACAGUUUUUGUUUAUUUUUUUACCGAAUUUUAUUAUACAUUCAUUCGUGAUGGUAUGAAUGAUGAAUAUAAUUUAAGUAUCAUAUGGUGUCUAUUAUCAUUAGGUUUUGUGAUGAAAAUUCUAUGCUCAAUAACGGCCACAUAUUUUCGUGGUGAAGAAUCAAUUGGUGAACGUUCAAUUUGUAUUGUUUGUUUUUGCAUAUAUCUUUUAGUGGCAAUGAUAAUAUUGAUUGCUGAUGAAGAAACAUUGGAAUUUGGUUUGAUUGAUGCUUAUAGAAAUUUUUCAUAUAACGCCUAUCGUCUAUUGGAAACACAAGGUGCCAUCGAAAAUGCUUAUGGACCUAGUUCAUUUUUAAUGAUAAAAUUUUGGCUUGCAAUUACAUGUGGUUUUAUUGGUGCUUUAUUUGCUUUUCCUGGUCUUCGUAUUGCACAGAUGCAUUUCGAUGCAUUGGUUUAUGCAAAAGGAAAUCAAUUCAUAACCAUAAUGUUACAUUUGGCAUUUGUAUCGCCAUUAUUUAUUGUAUUGGCGUGGAUUAAACCUGUUGCACGUUAUUAUUUUGUUCAACGAAAUUCAAUUUCAAACACAACAUUUGAAAGUGGUCGUCUAAUAUUAAUAUUAUUAAUAUUGGCAUUACGUUUUUGUCUAUUUCGUCGUUAUCUACAAUCAUAUCUGAAUAUUGCACCACAAAAAAUUAGUUAUCUACGUAAACAAACUGGAAAAGUAACAAAUAUUGAUAUACAAAAAUUAAUUGCACGUGUUGGACAUUAUCUAAGUGUUGCAUCGUUACAAUAUUUAACACCAUUAUUAUUAUGUUUAUUUAUAACAUUAUUAACAAAAUCAACCGGUGAUUAUAAAUGGACUGGUACAUUAUUGUUAUCAUCAUCAUUGAAUCAUACAAUCGAUAAUUAUAGCCUGAUUAAUAAUAAUGAUGAUAAUGAAACAGCAGCAGCUAGUCAUCAUUUAAAUAAUUCCAUUAUGAAUAAUGCUGGUGAUAAUGAUGAUGAUGAUAAAACAGCUGAAGAUGUGGCAAAAUUAGCAUUAACAAUGUUACGUGAUGUAUUCAAUCCGAUUGUAUUACGUGGUUUUAUUGGUUUCAUACUUUGGUGGACAUGUUCUUGUUGGUUUUUCACUAGUGUUGUUGGUUUUGUUUAUAAUUCAUAUUUUAGAACAUGAUAAAUAAAAAAAAUUUGUAUUGUAAAAAUAA